AUGCAGCUCCUCGUGGUGUUACUUCUUGCUGCUUUCGUCUGUACUGUUUCUUCAAUGACACUGUUCAAACGAAACUUGGAACUCUUAGAUAUGAUGAAAACGCCCCUGUUGAUGACUUACCGAGCACAAGUUCCCGAAAAUCAGCUCUAUUACCUCACCCAGCUACACAACGUUCCACAAACGAGCAACUACUUUCGGAGCGACAGCGUUAUCCCAACUCUUUAA